GUACAGUGUAGACAGUCGGACAAGACAACACGCGCGGCAUCGCGAGCAACGGCAUAGCAGCAGUGAGAUCAGUGCGUCGUGCUGUGCCUAAGGAAGACAUCUCUCGAUUCUGCGGACACGCAAAUACGCCUAUGAGCCAACUGGGCUGGAAAAACGUCGUCCGAAUCCUCGCCUGACUCAUAGCUCUAGGCGCUCGUAUGUUAUACAUGCUAUAUAUGCUGCGAUUCGUUAUCCGUCGAGGCGUCGAUCGUAUGUGUGCCGCUGGUUCCAACUGCAACUGCUGCUCAUUAUAGUUAUUUCAUUCUUUCGAUAAAUAUCAAGUAUAUGCUGUGCGUGCAUCGUUUUAAUGUGCGUGUGAGACUGGCUCGCGAAUCGCGAUAGCACUCGAGAAAUAGCCGUCGUUAUCUUCCGUCGCAACGGCUGCAACGCAGGCGGAAUUGUGUUAAACAAAGGCCCCCGAGCCGCGCCACGUCUUUAGAAAAAAACGCAACGACGGCUCUCGGCCCGCGUACGAGACCGUGCACCAGCAGCAGCAGAACGAUCGACACGAGAGCCAACUGUGGUCGUCGAUGUUCGCGAAUAGAUGAGUGGCAAAUAGCCGUGGUUCGAGUGUUCGUCGACAAACGUGGAUCACAGUAAAGAAGAUAAAGUGGCUCUGCCACCGAACCUGGAAAGGAGCAUACGCGAGUGGCAACGAGCUUCAUCACCUACGACGGCCGCCGACCAACGAGCUAACGCAGCAGCAGUAGCGAGCGUGCGGCAGCAACAGCAGCAGCAACAACAGCAGGGCGGCACAUCAUCAGCCAUGUCGAUCAUAGGAAUUGUGAAUAAAACCGAGUUCAUCGUCGGUGGCAAAUACCGAUUGAUGAGAAAAAUUGGCUCGGGUAGUUUCGGAGAUAUCUACCUAGGCAUCAACGUGUCCAAUGGCGAGGAAGUUGCUAUCAAAUUGGAAAAUGUCAGGGCCCGUCAUCCACAAUUAAUGUAUGAGUCAAAAUUAUAUAAGAUCCUACAUGGAGGAGUUGGAAUACCCCACAUACGCUGGUAUGGAGUUGAAAGAGAGUUCAAUGUGCUUGUAAUGGACCUUUUAGGUCCUUCGUUGGAAGACUUAUUCACAUAUUGUUCACGGAAAUUUACAAUAAAAACAGUACUGAUGUUGGCUGAUCAAAUGAUUGGCAGAAUUGAAUUUGUUCAUUGCAAACACUUCAUUCACAGAGACAUCAAGCCUGACAACUUCCUAAUGGGCAUUGGUCGCCACUGCAAUAAGCUAUUCCUCAUCGAUUUUGGUUUGGCCAAAAAGUUCCGCGACAGCCGUACAAGAAUGCACAUAUCGUAUCGUGAAGACAAAAACUUAACAGGUACAGCUAGGUAUGCCUCAAUUAAUGCUCAUUUGGGCAUUGAGCAGAGCCGCAGAGACGAUAUGGAAUCACUCGGCUAUGUGCUCAUGUAUUUCAAUCGGGGAUCAUUACCUUGGCAAGGUCUUAAAGCUGCUACAAAAAAACAGAAGUAUGAAAAAAUUAGCGAGAAAAAAAUGUCCACUCCCGUUGAAGUUUUGUGUAAGGGCUUCCCUGCCGAGUUCUCAAUGUACCUGAACUAUUGCAGAGGCUUACGUUUUGAAGAAGGUCCUGAUUACAUGUAUCUUCGCCAACUGUUCCGCAUACUCUUCCGUACGCUAAAUUAUCAAUACGACUACACGUUCGAUUGGACGAUGUUGAAACAAAAGGUCGCAGUGAACAUCAAUAAUGGUUUGGGUGCGGCCACGCCUGGACCUGGACAAUCGCAGUUAACGCAAGGGCAAGGCGCCGGACAAAGCCAGGCACCCGCUCAAGCGGCAGCUCAAUCAGGAAAAGGAAAUCAAGUUGCCAAACUUAACGAAAAACCAUCAGCUUACGUGAGGGUAGUCGACUGGAUAGAAGCCGCUGACAAUCCGGAAGUGAAGCCUGAAUAUUCGUUAAACAUUACAAAAUAAACUGGCUUAUUAAAUUUCGGCUAAUAAUAAUUUAGCUAAUUAAAAAUUUGUUUGAGAUUUGAAGAAAAAGUUCCAGUUUUUGAAAUAAAUGAUAUAGAGAACCGAAGACUUAAUGAUGCUUAUUACAUUAGUCCGAUAAAGAAUAGCGGUGUUCUAAAAAUGCUAAUUACUUUCAAAUUUUGAGAGAAAUGUCUCUCCAGUACCAACUUUAGAAGACUAAUGUACACAGUUCUUGAAUAUAUAGACAUAUGAUAUGAAGAUAUUUAUAUGCGGUAUAAAAAAUCUGUUAUAUCACUCUGAUCAACAUGUAAAAAAGUAGCGAAUUAAUUGAUUUUUUUGAUAUUGACUAUAGUGUCUUAUGUGAAUGCAUUUCUAGUGGUCAGUUUCAUUUUCUUUUGGAAUCGCAUUUUUUAUUAUUAAAUUUAUUUUAAGUGCAUUCAAAACUGACAGAAGUAAGAACAGAUGCAACAUGUACAAUAAUAAAGUUGUAUUAAUUUAUAAUGUA